ACUGUGGCUGCAUGUAGGACUCCGACAAUAAAAGGACAGAGAACAGUCUACCUGUACAUGACAGAGCAACAGAGGAUACACUGAGUAGCAUAAAGGAUUUAAUGCCUAGAAUUAUCGAGAUGCAAUUACAACAGACUGCCAACAAUCAAGACAAUGAUGGUUCAUCACUCAAUAGUGCCUCUGGCAUAAUGUCCAGUGCAUCAAACACGGAUCAUAGUAACAACAUGAACGCAAAGCAAAUACGGCAGGCAUAUAUUGACUUCUUCAAGAGCAAGGGGCACGAAUAUGUGCACUCGAGCUCGACAAUACCCCACGAUGAUCCAACCUUGCUCUUUACGAACGCUGGGAUGAAUCAAUUUAAGCCGAUAUUCUUAGGAACGGUCGAUCCCAACAGCGAUAUGGCGAAAUGGGUACGAGUUGUCAAUAGCCAAAAGUGCAUCCGAGCUGGUGGUAAACAUAAUGAUCUGGAUGAUGUUGGUAAAGAUGUUUAUCAUCAUACGUUUUUUGAAAUGAUGGGAAAUUGGUCCUUUGGCGAUUAUUUCAAGAAUGAGAUAUGCGCUUGGGCUUGGGAAUUUUUAACAGACGUGUUGAAACUACCAGCUGAUAGAUUGUACGUCACAUAUUUUGGUGGAGAUGAGAAAAGCGGAUUGGCGCCAGAUGAUGAGUGCAAGAAUCUCUGGCUUUCUCUUGGAGUACCUGCCUCGCAUGUUCUACCAGGCAACAUGAAAGACAAUUUUUGGGAAAUGGGCGAAACUGGACCCUGCGGACCGUGCAGUGAAUUGCAUUAUGAUCGUAUCGGUGGUAGAGAAGCAGCUCAUCUUGUAAAUAUGGACGAUCCCGAUGUAUUAGAAAUUUGGAAUCUUGUGUUUAUUCAAUACAACAGAGAGUUAAAUGGUAGUCUUAAAUCGUUACCAAAAAAGCAUAUAGACUGCGGCUUAGGUUUAGAACGAUUGGUGUCGGUCAUUCAAAAUAAACGUGCCAAUUAUGAUACUGAUGUAUUUAUGCCUUUGUUUGCUGCAAUUGAGGAAGGUACAGGUGCUCCUCCUUAUCAAGGUAAAGUAGGAGCCGACGAUGUUAAUGGAAUCGAUAUGGCAUACAGAGUUCUGGCUGAUCAUGCUCGAACUCUCACAAUUGCUCUAGCAGAUGGAGGAGUGCCUGAUAAUACUGGCAGAGGAUAUGUGCUAAGGAGAAUUUUACGACGCGCCGUACGCUAUGCAACCGAGAAAUUAAAUGCUAAGCAAGGCUUCUUUGGAUCUCUCGUAAACGUAGUAGUCGAUCUUCUCGGUGAUGUUUUUCCAGAAGUAAGGAAAGAUCCACAAAGUAUUAUCGAGAUCAUCAAUGAGGAAGAGAGUCAAUUUCUGAAAACUCUAUCACGGGGUCGCAAUUUACUGAAUAGAACGAUAGCAAAGUUAGAAUCAGCUGACACUGUGCCAGGUGAUGUCGCGUGGCGUUUAUAUGACACUUAUGGCUUCCCGAUAGAUCUCACUCAGUUAAUGACUGAAGAGAAAGGAUUGAAGAUUGAUAUAGCAGGCUACGAAGAAUCUAAGAAACAAGCACAGUUAAUUUCUCAAAAUAAAGCUGGUGGUGUAGACGAUCAAAUUAAUUUCGAUGUCCAUGCUAUCACUGAACUGCAAAAGCAAGGCGUUAAACCUACGGACGAUUCUCCUAAAUAUGAUUAUAAAGUAACGACAGAGAUUAAAUAUAAAGAGUAUGAAUUUGCACCAUGUACUGGUACUGUAAUCGCACUAAGACGCGCUAAGACUUUUGUCGAUGAAGUAUCUUCCGGCGAAGAAGUUGGAAUUUUAUUGGACAGAACGAAUUUUUACGCAGAACAAGGAGGACAAAUAUAUGAUGAAGGAUUUUUAGUGAAAGUCGAUGAUGAGACUACAGAGAUUCGUAUAAAGAACGUUCAAAUCAGAGCUGGUUAUGUUUUACACAUUGGUACUGUGGGCGAAGGCACGUUAAGAAAAGGAGAUAAAGUUCAUACGAAUGUAGAUACAGAACGUAGACGGUUUGUGAUGGCUAAUCACAGUGCCACGCAUGUUUUGAAUUAUGCACUUAGGAAGGUCUUGGGAACAAAAGCCGAUCAAAAAGGAUCAUUAGUUGCACCUGAUAGACUCCGAUUUGACUUUACGAACAAAGGACCAAUGACGGGAGGUCAGUUGCAAGAUACGGAACAGUUAGCCAAUAACGUGAUAACAGAAAACGAGAAAAUUUAUGCUAAAGAAAGUAACUUAGCCAUAGCAAAAACUAUUCAGGGUUUGCGUGCAAUGUUCGAGGAGACGUAUCCUGAUCCGGUACGUGUUGUUAGUGUAGGCAUACCGGUUGAAAACUUAGAAAAGGAUCCCUUGAGUACAGCUGCUCUUGAAACUAGCGUAGAAUUUUGCGGGGGAACGCAUUUGCAUUACACUAGCCACAUAGGUAAUUUUACAAUAGUCAGUGAAGACGCUAUCGCUAAAGGUAUCAGACGCAUAGUAGCGCUUACUGGGCCGGAAGCAGCAAAAGCCUUAAGAACAGGGAUGCUAUUACAACGACAGUUAUCUCAAUUUCAAGCAUCGAUUGAAGAUGAUAAGUCUGAAACGAACUCUAAGGAAUAUGUGAGAGAGAUAGUAGAAUUAACAGAGGAGAUAUCUCAUGCCCUUAUUCCUGCAUAUUGGAAGGAUCACAUGCGCAAUACGUUGAAAAACUUAAAAAAAUCUCUCGACGAUAAGGAACGGGCAGCGAAGGCAACUGUUGCUACUACAGUUGUACAGACUGCUCAAUCUAUAAUAGAGUCUAAAGUUGGAUGUCAAGUUUUAGUCGAGGUGCUGGAAGCCUACAGUAAUACGAAAGCUCUAGAUCAGGCAUUAAAGAAAAUCAGGGCUAUAUCGCCAGAAACUAGUGCCUUGCUUAUAAGCAUAGAUCAUGAUGUCAAGAAGAUAUUCGCUCUCAGUUCUGUUCCUAAAUCUGCAGUAUCCAAAGGAUUGAAGGCAAAUGAAUGGAUCCAGGCAAUCACGUCUUUGAUGCAAGGCAAAGGAGGUGGAAAAUCCGAAUCUGCACAAGCUUCUGGUUCAAACAUUGUAUGUUUGAAUGAAAUAGUAAGCAAAGCCAAUGAGUUUGCCGAUCAAAAACUUGGAAUUACAAACAAGAUUACUACUAAUAAUACUCAUAAAAUUUCAGAAACUUUUCGAUUACUUAACACGGGAUCUUCAUUAAAAUUAGUACUUUAUGGGAACAUUGGAAAUAUUAAAUGCUAUUUAGCACAAAUAAUCGCACAGUAUAGCGGCAAAUGUUUGAUUAUUAAACAAAUUGAUAAUAGAAUACGUUCUAGUGAUAUAAUUUUAGAAACAGCAAAUGUUACGUUACACGACAGCAAUGCCAUUGCAUUCUUUUUAUCAAAUUCGCAGCUACGGCGUGAUGACGAUUUAUUUGCAUGCAGUCAAGUUCUGCAAUGGAUGAGUUAUGUACAAAAUCACAUCUUACCAAUGGUUUGUGGCUGGGUACUCCCUUCACUUGGUUCCGUAUCAGAAGAUACGAAAAUAAAUAUAAAAAUUUCGAAAGCGGAUCUUCUUUGUGCUCUAAGAAAAUUAGAUGACGUAAUGCAUACAAGGACGUACUUGAUAGGCGAAAGGAUCACUCUUGCGGAUAUAUCCCUUUUUACCGCAUUGCUGCCUUUAUACGAAUAUGUAUUUGAUCCACAUUACAGAGGACAAUAUUCGAAUAUAACUAGAUGGUUUUCGACGAUCCUGAAUCAGCCGCAAGUAAAAUGUGUGGUAAAGAAUUUUUCAUUUUGUACGGAAUCUAUGUGAUGUUAAUACCAUUGCGA